GCGGCAGCACGUUCGGUUGUGUGUGUGCCAUGGCCGGAGCCCAGUGAGAGUGGCUGACAAUAGGAGCGAGCGAGCCCGAGCGCGACCCCGAGACAGCCGGGACCCCUCGCUCCCCCAGCCAGCCAGCGGCAGAGGAGGCCCCCAGCGCCAGCCGCAGCGCCGCUCGCCGCGCCCGCCCGCCCUGCCGCGGCUCCUCUCCGCUCGGCCCGCGCUCGGCCGCCCCUCCGCAGGCCCCUCCGCAGGGCUCCGCCGGGAAUGUGAGUGAGACAGCAGCCAUCGCAGGCAGGGGGCCGCGCCGAGCGCACGGGACUGAGCGGAGCCCGAGCAGCUGCCCGUUCCUGAACCCGCCGCCAACGCCGCCCUGCGCUGAGGAGGCCGCUGCCGCCGAGGCCUACAGGCUCCUGCAGCUGCAGGGACAGAGCCCGGCGCGCACAACGCUCCGGCCGCCGCCGCCAGGGAUCGGCCGCGCUCCGCCGAGCCCGGCUCACUCCGCCUUCUCCUCCUCGGCUCCGAAUUCUCUGCCAGGAGGGUCAAGGGAUAUGUCCUCAGCACCAACCACUCCUCCGUCAGUGGAUAAAGUAGACGGAUUUUCUCGGAAGUCCGUCAGAAAAGCCAGACAGAAGAGGUCACAAAGCUCCUCCCAGUUUAGGUCUCAGAGCAAGCCUAUUGAAUUAACUCCUCUGCCUUUUCUAAAAGACGUUCCAUCUUCAGAGCAGCCUGAACUGUUCCUAAAGAAACUUCAGCAGUGCUGUGUAAUUUUUGACUUCAUGGACACACUAUCAGACCUUAAAAUGAAAGAAUACAAGCGCUCCACUCUUAAUGAACUGGUGGACUACAUUACAAUAAGCAGAGGCUGUUUGACAGAGCAGACUUACCCCGAAGUAGUUAGAAUGGUAUCUUGCAAUAUAUUUAGAACUCUCCCACCUAGUGACAGCAAUGAAUUUGAUCCAGAAGAAGAUGAACCCACCCUUGAGGCAUCAUGGCCACAUUUACAGCUUGUGUAUGAGUUUUUCAUACGAUUUUUGGAAAGCCAAGAAUUCCAACCUAGCAUUGCCAAAAAGUACAUAGAUCAGAAAUUUGUAUUACAGCUUUUGGAGCUAUUUGACAGUGAAGACCCCCGAGAACGAGACUACCUAAAAACAGUCUUACACAGAAUUUAUGGCAAGUUUCUUGGUCUUAGAGCAUUUAUCCGAAAACAGAUUAACAAUAUUUUUCUACGGUUUGUUUAUGAAACUGAACACUUCAAUGGUGUAGCUGAACUGCUGGAAAUAUUAGGAAGUAUUAUCAAUGGUUUUGCUUUACCUCUUAAAGCAGAGCAUAAACAGUUUCUGGUGAAGGUGCUGAUUCCUUUACAUACUGUCAGGAGUUUAUCACUCUUCCAUGCACAGCUGGCAUAUUGUAUAGUACAGUUUCUGGAGAAAGAUCCUUCACUCACAGAGCCAGUCAUUAGAGGUUUAAUGAAAUUCUGGCCGAAAACCUGCAGUCAGAAAGAGGUCAUGUUCCUUGGGGAGCUGGAGGAGAUCUUGGAUGUGAUUGAACCUUCACAAUUUGUCAAAAUUCAGGAACCUUUAUUUAAACAAAUUGCCAAGUGUGUCUCUAGUCCUCACUUUCAGGUGGCAGAAAGGGCGCUGUAUUACUGGAAUAAUGAAUACAUCAUGAGUUUAAUAGAAGAGAACUCCAACGUUAUACUUCCCAUCAUGUUUUCCAGUCUUUAUAGGAUUUCCAAAGAACACUGGAAUCCGGCUAUUGUGGCUUUAGUCUACAAUGUAUUGAAGGCGUUUAUGGAAAUGAACAGCACCAUGUUUGACGAGCUGACAGCCACUUACAAGUCAGAUCGUCAGCGCUUAUCCAAAGCGGCAGGUGAAAAAAAUGAGGAAACUUCGGGAACUCCGGGCAGUUUGCGACUUCGUUUAAGUCGUGCCUUUUGUGUGACUCGGGGUUCCCACAAGCAAAGCGAAGGGUACUGUAUGUCAUCAAACCUUGUUAGUGAGAAGAAGAAAGAGAAGGAACGUGAAGAACUGUGGAAAAAACUGGAGGAUUUGGAGUUAAAGAGAGGUCUUAGACGUGAUGGAAUAAUUCCAACUUAACAAAAGAAACAAAGCUGCAUUAUUAACCUGUGGAGUCACACAUUUAUGUAGUAGAAGAUGGAGCAACAGUUUUCUGUAUUGUGCAACUUUACAGUAGAUUUCACAUUUGUUUCAUUAUUACAACAGCACUGUAUAUAACAGUCUCGAUGUAAAGGAAAAAAUAAGGACUUUUAUCCAAAGUUUGGACAGCAGAUGGACUUCUCAGAACUUUGCAACAUAAUCAUUGUUUUGACCCUUCUUUAAAACCAGUCUUCAAAGAUCUGUUGAUGAAAAUUGCUAUGUCAAAAUUCCAUUGUCAGGACCUGUUCCUUAUUUAUCAUUAGCAGAGAGUAUGAUACAACUUUCAAAUGUGAACAAUCUUAAAUUUAGCUUGCCUUUCUGCUAAACUGUUAAAUGUAUUUAUAGUAAAGGAGAAAAAAGAUUGUCAUUUCCUUUUGAGUUUGUGUAACAUCCUCCUUCUCUGGAUAACUUUACUGUAAUUUGACAUUUUUUUCCCUUUUGCACAUCUUCAUAAGUUGAAUGUCCAUGCAGAUCAGGGCCAUGAAAAAUAUAGGUCCCUAAGGUUUUGUUUACUGGUGUGAGUAUCUUUCUGGUACCAGGCUAGCAUUGGUACUCCUUCAAUUUAAGCAUUAGAAGUAAAAAUAAAGAGGUGAUAAACAUAGUAGGGAAGGAAAUUUCAGAUUAAUGCGUCAAUUUAUUGUGAAUCCACAGUCUUGAAUCCUUUGAAAAUGGGCAAUAGUAACAUCGUGAACUUCAGUACCUAACCAGUAUUAGUUACAUGUCAUUGGACACACAUACCAGAGCUGUUUUGGUAAUACUAAUGGCUAAAUGAUUAGAAUAUAUAUACAUUUUAUUGGACCAUUUUGAAAUUAUAACGACAAACGCUAAACAGUACAAGCAUGAAAUUGAUCUCCAGUGGUCAUGGGUCUAAUUGGGAACAGAGCUGAGCAAACAGUUUGGACUGUUUGGAGUUGUUGCCUUACUUUUUAAUAUGUAUUUAUAAAGUAUUCCAGCAAAAGAGGAUGUAGCCUCUAAAAACAUACUAUAGUGUUUUUGUGACUGUAGUACUAUUACUCAUCACAGCGCCAGCCCUAUGGUUUUAGCUGGAAAGGAUUCUGGAUAAUAUACUUCUGCAUUCUGAAGUGGAUGCUCAUUCCUAACUACUGUAUUUGUUACCAAAAGUGGUUCUACAAAUGCUACUGAAAAAAAAUUCUGGAAAUCCUAAUGUCCUGAGUAUUAAUAAUAAAGUUUAAAAUGCUUUUAUAUCAAAGGUGCAUUGUGACCAAAUUGUUUAAAAGAAAAACAAGAGGGCUGUAUUAUAAGUAUGCAUUAUUGGCUAUCUGCUUUGUAUUUAAAAGUGGAAUCUUACAUCUUUGAUCGGUAAAAUGCUGAUAAGACUUAUGUACAGUAUAUAUUUAGCUAAUGCAGUUGCAUUAUUUUAUACCGAAAGGGAUGUGUUUCAGGAUUUUUCUCCAGGAUGCUUUUGAAUUGUUAUAGACAUAUGACAACAGUGAGUUGAUAAUCCUAAACCAUCAAUCCAGCAGUCUUUAUGGUAUAAAACUGACUUGGUGUUCAUGAGUCUUUGUGUUAGUUGCAAACAUGAACUUAUGACCUGUUGCCAUUGAUAGAAAUACAGUAUAAGUACGAGCUUGUAUAUUUUUCUUCCUACCAUUCAAAUAUACAGUAGAAUUUGAGGUUUUCUUGUUUCCAGGUACAAAAGAAAACAAAAAGGCGGGAGGGGAGCAGGAAUCCAAUCCCAGGUUACUGGCUGUUUCAGGAUUAUCAGGUCACAGUUUGUACACAUGGGUCUGCACAUUGGAUGUUGUAAAUGCAACAACUUUGUAAAAACUUGACACUGUUAAUUCUGGAAAAAUAACAGAAGUAAACUAGUCAUAUGCAACACAAAACAUCACAACAUGGUUUAAUGGGAUUAAUAUAAGCCUCUUAUAAGAACACUGACUGGGACACAAUGUAAACUUGGCAGAUACUGUCAUAAGUGAAACAUUUUUAUUUUAAAAGUGCUGAAACAAAGGUGCAAGUUCAAAAACAGAAGAUUAAAUAAAUUUAUAACAAAUC